AUGCGGCAUACCCUGAGGAUCUUUGUGGCCAUUUUAGCUCUUCACAGGCCUUCCAGAGGACUCGAGUGUUACCAGUGCAACAGCAAAGAGAACGAGCGGUGCACGGCCGGUAAAGUAGACCCCUCCUAUCUGAGGUCCUGCCCCGAAUCGCGGCCGUUCUGUCGCAAGGUCGACUCCAAGUAUUACUUCAUGGACUCGCCCGAGCGCUUCGUCAGCAGGGAGUGCUCCCGAUCGGUGGACGCCGACGAAGGCUGCUACGUCGGCCGAUACACCUACGACAGCUACCAGGAAAUUUGCGAGUGCGGUUCUCCGGGAUGCAACCGAGCGUCGUCUCCUAGAGGAGGGUCCUUUCCGCUCCUGCAGCUCGCCUUCGCGCGCUUCCUCCUCUUGGACCUCGUCUAG